CUGUCCAACCACCUCGUCCUCUGUCGUCCCCUUCUCCUUGUGCUCUCCAUCUUUCCCAACAUCAGGGUCUUUUCCAAGGAUUCUUCUCUUCUCACGAGGUGGCAAAGUAUUGGAGCCUCAGCUUCAGGAUCUGUCCUUCCAGUGAGCACUCAUGGCUGAUUUCCUUGAGAAUGGAUAGGUUUGAUCUUCUUGCAGAAAAUGCAUACAUACAUACAGUGGUACCUUGGUUCUCAAAAGCCUUUGUACCCAAAAGCCUUUGUACUUGGAACCCAAACACUGCAAACCUGGAAGUAAGUGUUCCGGUUUGCAAACUGUUUUUGGAAGCCGAACGUACUCCGUUUUGAGUGUUACGUUUCCGAUCUGAGUGCCACACUUCGAAAUUUGAUCUGAGCCUUAAAAAGCACAUAGAGCUGAAGAAAAAGCCACCCUCAUCACCUUAUGUCCAAGAAGGUAGUGGUUGAUGGUUUUGGUGGGGCUUAUAGGCUUUGUGGCCACCAGGGGAAAAGGGGGUGCCCCCAUAUUGGUGGCGCCUGCUCUAAGAAGAUGCUUGGCUCAGGAAGGGGCUUUCAGCACUAGAAUGAGCUCCAAGUCCUUCCACAUACAAAAACAAUUUCUGUUUUUUUUCCCCUGCCAGGCACAGAGCCUGAUUUUUAGAAAACACGCACACACACACACACAAUCCUUUCUUGCUGCUCUCCUUUUCAAACAGUUGGGAGACAGGAUCCCUUGACGAUCUACCCAAAGAGCUGCCAGGAAAUCCAGAUCUACCUCCUCCCUGCUCGUGCUUGUUCCUCUUGGUGAUUCUAGCUGCAUGAGACUCAAGGUUGCCCUCUGAAAAUUUAAAUGAAAAAAUGUCAGCCCCACAUUCAGAGGUGUGAAUAACACUUCCUGAUCUUGGAUUGAUUGCCUUGGUCAGGCUGGUUCGCACGCCACUGCUUGCAGACAUUUCCCCUUGUUACGGAGAGCUUAGCGGACUCAUGCACCGCUUCCACGAUGGCUGAGGACAUAUUUUAUGCUGAUAUAAAGUUCGCUUCUCAGCCACACUCUUCGAGCCUGCACAGCCCAUCUCAGCAACUUGCUGUUCCCCAGCAUUCCCGUUGGAUCCAGAUCGCUCUGUGGGCAGCAUGCAUUGGGAAUGUCAUCCUCGUGAUAGCUGUGAUAGUCUUGGCUUUACAGUUGGAAGCUGAAAAGGGAAAAAUUGUGAACAAUGGUGGAUGCAAUGCCUCAACAGACAAGUUUCAGGCUUUCCUAAGACUCAACUUCUGCAAUCAAAAACAGAAUAGAUCCUCAGAUAGUUCCACUUGCAAAGUGUGCCCUAUACAAUGGCAGCUCCACAGGGACAAGUGCUACUGGCUAUCAGAAAAUAUUAAAACCUGGAAUGAGAGCCAACAUGACUGUUCAACAAGGGAUUCUCAACUGUUGGUCAUCCAAGACAAGGAAGAGAUGGAUUUCAUAAAAAACAUUACAAAACAUGCAGCACACUGGAUUGGACUCUCACGAUUAAAACUGGAGAAGAAAUGGAUUUGGAUUACAGGCUCCCAGCUUGAUCAGAGUCUAUUUCCAGAACCAGACUAUGCUGAAGGAAACUCUUGUGCUGGAAUAAGAAAUAAAGUCACCUCUGACACCUGCAGUAUUGAACAUAGGUGGAUUUGCCAGAAAGACCCUCUCCUACUGUGACUUUUUAGUUUGAUAAAUGCAAUAAUUAUGUGGGACAAUAAAAAUGUCAUUGAGUGGCUGAGAAGAUUAU